AUGAAAAUUGUAUUUAAAGAUUUUAAAAAACAAGUAAUUCCAAUUGAAUUAGAAUUGAAUGAUACUGUAUGUAAAUAACUCCAUGGUGAUAAGUAAUUAUACUAAUUUCAUUUUCAGGUUUUAAAAGCUAAAGAAUUAUUAGGUAAAGAAAAAGAUGUUGAAGCUUCUCAAAUUAAAUUAGUUUAUUCGGGCAAAGUUUUAAUUGAUGAAAAAACAUUGGAAGAAUCAAAAAUAAAAGAAGGUGCUUCAAUUAUAUUUAUGAUUGCAAAAGCUAAAAAAACACCAACACCAAUUCCAACUGAAUCAUCUGAAAAUAAAUCAACCACCGAACAACAUCAACAGGAAUCAUCCAAUACAGAACAAGCAACAACCACCGAACAACCACAAACUAGUACAGAAUCUACAUUUGCCGUGGGAAGUGAAAGAGAAGCUACAAUUACAAAUAUAAUGGAAAUGGGGUAUGAAAGACCACAAGUUGAAGCUGCUUUAAGAGCUGCUUUUAAUAAUCCACAUCGUGCUGUUGAAUAUUUAAUUACAGGUAUACCAGAAUCAUUACAACAACAACAACAACAACAACAACUCCAUCAACAAUCACCGAUUGCUGCUCCAUUAGCAGAAUCAAUUACAGCUCAAGGAACUCAUGAUAAUAACCAUAAUGAUGAUGAUGACGAUGAUGAUGAUGAUGAACAUGACAGAAGUGCCCAGGGAGAAAAUUUGUUUGAACAAGCAGCAGCCGCAGCAGCAGGUGGUAAUAAUCAACAUACUUCAAUGCCUUCAGGUGGUGCAGGAGCUGGAAGUGGUGCAGGAGCUUUAUCAGGUGCAAGUGAUGAUCAACAAAUGCAAUUGUUAAGAGCUGCAUUACAAUCAAAUCCAGAAUUAAUUCAGCCUUUAUUAGAACAAUUGGCAGCUUCAAAUCCUCAAAUUGCAAAUUUAAUUCAACAAGAUCCAGAAGGUUUUAUAAGAACAUUUUUAGGUGCAAGUGGUGAAGAUUUAGGAUUUGAAAUUGAACCUGAAGGUGGUGAAGGUCAAGGUGGUAAUGAUGAAGGUACUAUUCGUAUUACAUUAUCUGAACAAGAUCAAAAUGCAGUUAAUAGAUUAUGUGAAUUGGGUUUUGAAAGAGAUUUAGUUAUACAAGUUUAUUUAGCUUGUGAUAAAAAUGAAGAAGUAGCUGCUGAUAUUUUAUUCAGAGAUGCUUAA